CCGUGUUCCGUCGUACAAGUGAGAUUGCAGCGGAUCGGUCGCUCGCUCGCUCGCUUGCUCGGUUGUUUGCGCGCGUACGACUAUGUCGCGGUCGUCAUCUAACUGAGUCGUUUACACGAUAACCAUUGCACAAUACGACGUAUCGGAAGAAGAUUCCAAUUUGAAUGAACGCAAAUUUGCAAAGACACAACAUCUGCGUCAACUUUCAGAUGGUGGACGCAGACAGUUUGAUGUAAGCAGCCGUUCGCUCACCGUACUUCAUCUUUUUGUCUUCCGCGUUCUUUCUGGAGCGAUUAAAACGUCGAUUGAUGCAAGAAAACCGGAGCUUGCGGCCAGUGCAAACGCUCAAGGUUGGUUCUAAGCGUCUCUCCUGUCGAACUCGGCCCGGACCUUGGCGAGGACACCUCAUCAUUCGUCUUCCGCGGUAUACCUAAGGGAACGAUGCAGCGUUCAAUGACGUAAUCGACCCUUCGGUCAGCUUGCCGUGACCUCGUUCGAGUUGCUGGUCAUUUACUCGGUUCUUUGCGACUCUGAGUCGCCGGAAAAUCAAAGAACGAAACAGGACAUUAGACAAAUCAAACUCGGAAAAUUUGUCUUUUUUAAUGGAAAGAGAAAAGAAUCUUAGAAAAAUCUCGUAAAGAAAAGAAAACAUAACACAAGACAAAAAAUUAGAAAUAGUGUGAAAGCAUAACAUACUUAUACAACAAAGACAAGUCAUACACUUGACAGAACGCAGAACGAACAAUUGAAAAACGUAGGGGAUGAGUCGUUUGUCAGAUAUCUUGCUGAUAUCCAAAGGCGUCAGAAAAAAAGGAUAUCGGAAGAGGAACUCUGAAAGCGUGAUAGACUUGCAAGGAGCGAAACGUUGACAACAAAAAAAGUCCGAACAUUUUACGAGUCACUGGAACAUAUCGGCGAAAAAUUCUUUGCCGCUCUUCUUCUGCUGUAUCGCCUCGGAACUGAUUACCAAAAGAAAGUACAAAAAAAUAUCUUUUGAUUGGACAAAACUAUGAAAACGGGUGAAUAUAAGUCAAGACGAUCUUCACGAGGAUACGAGAUCAAAUCAUACAAGAACUCUUUUUGUCAAACAAAAGAAUCAAGAACAAUAAUCUGACAAUUCUCCUGAGAUCUGGUAAGUAGGAGAAGAUUGCGUUGAAUGUCCGUGUGGUGUGAAUAUCCGCCAACCAGGAAAGUUGUUUGCGAUCGUCGCAGUUGUCGUCGCGCGCGCGACGCCGGGCAUCUUUGGUCGUGGUCGCGAGCUUGCUAUCAUCACGAGGAUCAUCUCGUCGUUGCCUUCCCCACUUGCGGCGGCCACAUGACUUGACGAUCGCCCCUUUCUCCUCCCGCUGCUGCUCCUCCUCGUUUGACCGAAGGCGGCGGCGGCGGUGAUGAUAACGACGUCGAUUUGGACAAUAGCGCGACAAGAAAUCAACGGCUAACAACGCGAAGCAACGGCGAAUUCGGCACUUAAAACGAAUGACACGCACCACCGGUGAUUCAAGUCAAGUUGGCGGCAGUCAUCGGUCCGCAGGUGCGAGACGCGUGUGAGUGUGAAUGUGUGUGUUUGUGUAUAUCAAGCAUUUUCCUGGAUUAUCAUCGUGUUUGUUUGUUUCAUACGUGCGCAUAAUUAGUAAAGGAGAUAAAACUGAUUUCACACACAGGAGAAAAUUCUGGCGCAGCAGGAUUGAGAGAAGAAUUAAAGAAUAGAAAAUUUCAGAAUACAGGAGAGCGCAAAGAUUUCUAUCGAUAGGCUAUAAAUUCUGUUUUUUGAGCAAUUAUAGUAUAUUCGUCGCGACGACAUAACAUAGUGUUACUUGUGGUAACGUGGUGUUACCGUUUUGUCACUGCUUAUCUGGCAAGCGGUAGAAACAGUGGCGACGGUGGCGGUGGUGUUAGUGUGGUGGAUAUAUAUAUAUAUAUAAAUACAUACAUAUAUAUAUAUAUAUAUACACACACACACACACAUAUAUAUAGUGGUGGAUGAUAGCGAUAUCCUGCGCGGACGAAACUGGAGCAGCCGGUGGCGAUUGUCGUCGUCGUCGCAGCGGAGGAGCUAUCAUGUGCACGCGGCGAAUUCUCGGACUAGCGGUCGUGGCCCUGCUGACUUUUGGCGGUCGAGCGCGCGCGUACACUAACCAGUGGGCGGCACACAUCGAGGGAGGAGAGAAGGUAGCCAAGCAGGUCGCCGAGGACUACGGCUUUCGCUAUUUGGGCAAGAUAAACAAUGAUUGGUUCCACAUGGAGCAUCGAUCCGUGGAGAAGAGGUCAACGGAGCCGCAUCUCCAAAUGCACCAGAGACUAAUGAAAGACUUCAGAGUACGUCGAGCGGAGCAACAGCGGGCGAAAUCGCGAACCAAAAGGGAUCUUAUAAUCAAACGUCCGUCCAAUACACCAAUCAUGUUGAACGACGACAGGUGGCCUCAGAUGUGGUAUUUGAACAGGGGAAAAGGAUUAGACAUGAAUGUGCAAGGCGCUUGGGCCGAGGGAAUUACUGGAAAUGGCGUCGUAGUCACAAUUCUCGAUGAUGGAUUGGAGAAGGAUCAUCCUGAUCUUUUAAAAAAUUAUGAUCCGCAAGCGAGUUACGACGUUAACAGUCACGACGAAGAUCCGAUGCCGAGGUACGAUAUGGUAGAUAGCAAUCGCCACGGCACUAGAUGCGCCGGUGAGGUAGCAGCCACUGCCAACAAUUCUUUGUGCUCUGUAGGCGUUGCUUUUGGAGCUGGCGUGGGUGGUGUUCGAAUGCUAGAUGGCGAUGUAACGGAUGCUGUCGAAGCGAGAUCUUUGAGUCUGAAUCCUCAACACAUCGACAUUUAUAGUGCCUCGUGGGGGCCUGAUGAUGACGGAAAAACUGUAGACGGACCUGGUGAAUUGGCUACUAGAGCUUUCAUUGAAGGAAUCACAAAAGGUCGCAAUGGCAAAGGCUCGAUUUUCGUUUGGGCAUCCGGGAACGGAGGUCGGGAUCACGACAACUGCAAUUGCGACGGCUACACCAAUAGCAUCUGGACCUUGUCGAUCAGCAGCGCGACUGAGAACGGUUACGUACCUUGGUACAGCGAGGCGUGUUCGUCUACUCUCGCUACCACUUACAGUUCAGGCUCUACCGGUGAGAAACAAGUCGUCACUACGGAUCUGCAUCAUCAUUGCACGAGUAGUCACACUGGUACAUCCGCUUCGGCACCUUUAGCGGCUGGUAUUUGUGCUCUCGCCUUAGAGGCGAACAAAGAUCUGACCUGGAGGGACAUGCAACACAUUGUGGUCAGAACCGCCAAGCCUGCGAAUUUGCAAGCUUCCGAUUGGGUGGUCAACGGAGUUGGUAGAAACGUAAGCCAUAGUUUUGGUUAUGGCUUAAUGGACGCCACUGCCAUGGUACGUUUAGCAAGAAGAUGGAGAACUGUUCCGGAACAACACAAGUGCGAAGUAUCAGCGCCGCAUACAGGCAGACAAAUACCGCCGAAGAGCCAAUUGGUUCUCGACUUACAUGUUAAGGAGUGCAGCGGCGUUAAUUUUCUCGAGCAUGUUCAGGCAAAGGUAUCGCUGAUGGCAGCAAGACGAGGAGAUCUUCAGAUACAGCUAACGUCUCCUCAAGGCACCAAGAGCACUCUUCUCGCUAAGAGGCCGCACGAUGUCUCGAAGGCUGGUUUCACUCAAUGGCCAUUUAUGUCAGUGCACACAUGGGGAGAACGACCGCAUGGCAUUUGGAAGUUAGAAAUCCACAAUGAGGGUCGGUACUUCGGACGCGCGACACUGCAUGAAUGGGCGUUGAUCUUCUACGGCACAGCGACACUUCCCGACAGAACAGAAUACGCUCUCUACAACCCGGCCGGUAUAAGUAUGCCCAGACGACCGUUUGUGAAGCCGCGCGAGACUUACUCAAAGAGCCAGAACACUCUGACGAAAGGCAACAAACAGGCACAGCAUAAAUCCGACAAGUCCGGCAAUCUGAAUCCUCUUUAUGUAACGAACGCACAGAGUCAGUCGCAGAGGAAGGGCAAAGUCCGCGGACAGCACAAAAACGGUAAAUCGGCCAAUAAACCGAGUCCGAAGCCCACUGCUCAGACUCUCCGGGGUCUCACAGGAAUCAAUAAAGGAGCCAAUAGCGUAGCCGGAGAGAUGCGCUUGAUCACAUCAAGACCACGCGGCAGAAGUACACCCAGUCCGAUCACAUCGACCCAAGUGAUUACGACAAAGACGCAGAUUGCAGUGACGACCAGACACAGGAUCGUCGACCUGAUAACUGCUUCGCCUCUGCAGAGAGGACUGAUCUUGUUGGAACCACCGGCGAAGGCGGCCACCAACAAAGUGCCAGCGGUAUUUCAACAGUAUCCCAAGAUCCAGCAACUUUAUCCGGUUUAUGGAGGAGUUCGUGGCAUCGGUCAGCAGCACGCCACCAGAGCCAAAGGACACGACCUGCUGCAAGACGAGCAAUUUGACCCGAGAAACUUGCAGCUUGACAAGGCUACACUGGAGGAAUGGAAGAUGGUGUUUUUCGGCACGGAAACCUCGGUAGAAGUGAACGACGAGUUGGACAAGGACAAGCUGACACCGCCGGUGAUGCAUCAUGAGGUGAGCCAGAACCACGCGCCUUCUGACAUUCGACACAACGCCGUGGACACCGAGGGCGAUCCAUGGACGGGUAGUCAGCAGGUCGAGCGAGUAUCUCAUCCAGAAGUGCAGAGGCCAACCACAGAGAACCAGACGAGCGGCUGCGCCGUAUUCAACGCUUCUGGCGGGUGCCUAGCCUGCAAAUUGGGUUGGUAUCACAACAACAGUGGCUGCUUGCAACAAUGUCCAUCCGGAACUUACGCGGUUCAGCGAGGCAACAAAUCCAGCGAAUUCUGCAUUCCAUGUCACUACUCCUGCUUAUCCUGCAAAGGACCCACCGACGCGGAUUGUGUCAGUUGCCACACGGACUCUAUACUCACAUUCAGCAAUGGAGAUGCUUUUUGUAUACUGAGCAACCUAUCUUGGAAGAUGCAGUCCACAACAUGGUACUACAGGAUGACGAUGGCGUUUUUAAUCAACUUGAGUCUGAUAAUCCUCGUUAUUGUUUGUCUUAUGUUCUCCUGGUACAUUCGCAGACUCAAAUGCACUCACAAGUACAGCAAAGUGUCUUACGGCAACGGCGAGACUCAUGCAGAAACAGAACAGGAGAACAACACUUGUGUCUCCGACAGUGAGUGAACGUAAUGAACACUAUAGAGUUCUAACGUUUUAAAGACGUUCUAGCUGUAUAUUUUGAGAACUUUCUUCGAAGAGAUUCAAAAUUUGAUGAUCGUCUUAAUGUUAUUUUAAAUCAACAAAUCAGAGUCCAAAAAUGAAAAUGUCUAGUGACUUUUUGUGAAGAAUUUAAUAAUUUUUAUGUGUUUUUUUAUGUGUUUCUUAUAUACAUAUUGUGUAAAGUUUAUUUACUAUUUUGUGCAUCAAAAUUAUGCUACUGUCAAGUUUAGGCGUUACGUUGUAGUUCUGUGCAUAAAUAUAUCUUCAUAGCAGUAAUUUGUGGACGUAAUAGCGUUAACAGUACCGAUAGUUUCCUUUAAGAUGAAGUAAUCGGUUUGUUGCGACGCUGAUAUAUUGUAGCACUAGUUUGUGACAUACCGUUCGUGAUGUACCGUUUAUCGAUUACUAGUGAACCAACACGUGAAAUAAUGUCUUUUAAGGCAGUGACCGAUUUCGUACGAUUCAAUGAGUCUUAAAUACGUGUGCACAAACAUGAACAUCUAUUGCGCAAUUACAAGUGAGAGUAGAAUAGCUUUAUACCGACGCUCAACCACAGUCGCAAAUAAACGGUAACUUAUGUAUGUAUUAACUUUUUAGCUACGGAUUUUGUAUAAGUAUAUACGUCGUCACAAAAAUUUUUUGGAAAAUUCGUGAUUUUACAUAUCUAAAAGAUUAAAAGAUUCAGUCGGAAAAGACUUCGAUCGAUUGAAUAAAAAAUUUUUCAGUUGUCGAAAAUAGAUUAAAACAAACUACGCAAUAUUUCUAGAUACUCACGCUUUAACUUAAAGCAUUAAUAUUUUAUUUAUUAGACAUUUGAGUUCCUAAUGUGACGAUGUGAAAUUAUAGAGACAUUAUAAUACAUAUAUAUACAUAUAUGUAUAUAUAUGUAUAUAUAUGCUCAAUAUACAUCGGCAUCCGAAAUGAAGAGAAAAAAACAAUUAAUAAGAAUAUUAGAUAAUCACAAAUUGAAAAUAGUGCAUAAUUUUUUAUUUAUACGAACUAACAGUACACAGUAUUUUUUAAGAGCAAUUUACCUCAGUAAUGUGAUAUAUAAAUAUAGUACAUAGUAAUUGAUAUUAUAAAUCUUAGCUACUAUGCACCCAUAAUUGUUACCGAUAAUUACUGAAAUUCAAUAAAUAAAAUGUACAUAUUGUUCUUGUUAACGUUACAAGUUUAAUAAAGCAAUG